CAUCAUCACUGCCGCUAGCAGCUCGAGCCGCGCUCCCCGCAACCGAGCGACCGUUCACCCCCCUCGCUCCCGGACCGACAGCCCGCCGAACCGCUCCGAACCGCCGGGACAUGGCCAGGCAAGAGCAGGUCCUCCUUCUAGAGCCGCAGCACGAACUGAAAUUCCGAGGUCCCUUCACAGAUGUCGUCACGACCACCCUGAAGCUCUCCAACCCUACAGACAGGAAUGUGUGCUUCAAAGUGAAGACGACCGCGCCGCGCCGGUACUGCGUCCGGCCGAACAGUGGCGUGAUUGACGCGGGGACAUCGAUCAACGUGUCCGUGAUGCUGCAGCCGUUCGACUACGACCCCAACGAGAAGAGUAAGCACAAGUUCAUGGUGCAGUCCGUGCUGGCUCCGUCGGACAUGACCGACAUGGAGGGCGUCUGGAAGGAUGCGAAGCCAGAGGAGCUGAUGGACUCCAAGUUGAGGUGCGUCUUCGAGCUCCCGGCAGAGAAUGAGAAAACGCACGACCUCGACAGCAACAAAAUCCUGUCCUCCAGCGUACUGAAGUCCGAGUCCUCCUCGUUGUCCAAGUCCAUGAGCUCCUCCCUGGACGACGGGGAGGUGAAGAAGAUCGUGGAAGAGUGUAAGAGGUUGCAGGUGGAGGUGCAGCGGCUAAGGGAGGAGAAUAAACAGAUCCGGGAAGACGAUGGCCUGCGGAUGAGGAAGACCUCUGCGAUGCCGGCUCCACACUCCUCUUCCUCGUCCCCCAGCGGCAUGGUAAAGGAGGAAGGCCCCAGCACCCGCAUGCUUGCCCUGUGUGUUUUAUUCCUCGUCAUCGGUGUGAUCAUAGGGAAGCUGGUCUUGUAGAGAGGGCAUGCCGUAUGGAUUAACUUCUGGAUUGGAGAAUUUGAUCAGAAUGCCAUAUCACUGGGGUAGAAUUGAGUCAUUAAACUAUGUACAAUAAAAAUAAAACAGAAAACAAAACAGGAAAACCAUUAUAUAAUGAAAAUGUCUCACAGGUCUUGCCUUUUAACUGUUUCCCUUCUUGGCCUCCUCCCCAACUUGCACAGAUAGUGAUGAUAAUAUGGGGGAAUUAUAACUUGUACAGUUAUAAAGAAAUGUAUUAAAAAGAAAUUCUAAUAAUGGUAACAAUAAUAAAAAGAGCAAGGCUUUUUCUAACACCAGAGAAAUAAUCUGACUGAUUGUAAUAUUUAGUGGAAUUUAUGUGAAUGUUUUAAUCAUUGCUUUUUUAAGACUGGGAUGUCAGAUUUUGUGAUUUGUUUCUAAAAAGUGAGUGGGACUGUGGUGGGAGGAGUGCUGGGGUUGGCCGUGUCUGUGUAACACCUGCAGGCUAACUCCUUUAAAGGAUGGGGGGAGAUAAAUGUCCAGAUAGACUUCCAAUUAGGGGCGUGUGCAGUUUGGUCCUCUGUGAUUACGAUCAACAGUGUGCAAUGCUGCAGAGAGCGUUUCAGUUUUAUUUUUGUUUUUUGCAAGUUCGUGUUCUUCUGCAAGAGGUCUUUUGGAAGAAGCGUUAUUGAUGGUUUGAUAUUGUCACAAGAAAGCGAAACCUUUGUCGUUUUUCAGAAAAGGCUGCAAUCGCCGUUUCUUCCAGUGCUUCUCUUCUGGGAUAUAGUGCAAGUCGGUUUAAUUUUUGUAUCUCCUCUGUAGUUAUUUUCUGUUUUAGGAUUUUGCACUUGAGAGUUAGCUACUUUACAAAGUGUCAGACAGCCGAGCUUCACCGCUGGUAAGCAUGAUUGGUUAAAAAUUAAGAACGGUUUUUUAAAGAGUUAUGCUCUUUGCAACCUACUUUCGCAAGUUAUUUUACAUAACAAACAUUUAGCAUCACUGAUUGGAAAGGUUUGGUUUUUGCCUUGUUUUUGCUUGGUGUGGUUGUCACAGCAUUAAAAAUAAUAGAAGAAUGGGAAAAGUUAGUCUUUGUCCUGAGAUGCAGCUUUCUGAUGUCAUUGAGAAACCCAAUUUACAAAACAACAUAUGGCUUUGUACCAUUUAACUUGGAAGAUGCUGUGAACCAAAAUCCUCCCAACUUUCCAGGCAGAUGAGCACUGAGUUUUUUUCCUCCUGUAUCAUAUAGCAUUGUAUAUGGGGAAUAGGGGUUGAAUCGUCCACUUUAUGUAGUUUUAAAAAACUGCAGCAUCACUUCUGACUCAGUCUGUUAUUCUAAUUUAUGCUCGUACCUUGUUAAUCAGCUACAGUAUGAAUUGUUCAGGUUUUAAUCUAAUGUCACAACAGCCAUUAUUGUAUUAUAAUUAAGAAACAUUUUCAUGCACUAUGUGUAAAUUGGGUUAUCCCUACAAUAUUUUAAAUAAUAUAUAUAAAUAUAUAUAUAAAUAAACAUUAUCUAGCCAUGGUUAAGGUCUUGAAAUCUUAUGGGUAGUUUAGUUUUUGUGUGUGUGUGUGCGUGUGUGUCAAAGACAUUUUUGAGCAAAAUCAUUCACCAUGACAAAUUUAGAAAUCUUGAAAGGGACCAUUUCUUGUCUAUCUAGGUUUAGUUUUUUUUGGGGAUUUAUUUGUUAACAGGAUGAUGCCUAAAAUCCACACUAAUUUUUAAUGUUUCAUCUCACGGUUGCAUACUGUAAAAUUAUUUAAAAAAAGAGAACUUGCAAAAUUGUUUGUUGCUGUGGGGUGGGGGGGGAGGUUGGGUGUAGGAAAAACUUUUUAACCCCACCUGGGCAAAAGGUGAGUGGAGAUGCACUUGCUGCUGAAAGGGGUGGCUCUGUGGGCCUGUCCUGACCACCAGGGCUGUAGACACUAAACAGACCUGAAAUGACACUUCUGACCAUCACCAUGAUGUAAUCACAGCAAUCAGGCAACUGUUUUCUAUGUACAUAAAUAACAAUCUAAGAAGUUAAUAUUCGUAGUAAACUAGUCUAUGGCGUCAAAACCAACCCUGUUGGACUAUGUAGCAUCUUAAUAAAUUAAAUAAAGCCCCAAACGUA